CUGAACUGAAGACGUAUAUCCUAUAUUGCUAUUGUGAGACACAAUUACUAACCCCCAAGGGUUAUUAGCUGCAAAUCGCUGCGUAGCUUACUAGACCGAUAGCCAUCAACACGGCAACCGGCAAUUAAUGUGUAUGAGCCUUCCUGGUUACAGCGCAAAAGUAUUAUCUUCAGCUGUCUACCAAAGCUGGCUGUCAAAGACAGAUUCCAACUUUCUAUAACUGAAUAACCUUUAUAGGAGAGAGUACUUUACGCACAGAACGAUUACCUCAGUAAAGUUUUACGUUAGACACUUCCAAGCUCUCCGUCGUCAAGAUGGCCUUUCUUUUUCCCACAGACAUUCCACCCCAUGAAAUCACAGCAUGCCUAGCAGAAAUGCAAAUCGACUUCGAUGCGGGGCAAUUGACUAAGCCAACCUACGAGGCUGUGCGGACGUAUUUCGAGCAGGCGGUCAUCUCUUUGUUGGGUGUCAGGAGGGAGAGGAUCCAUCAGCCUGAGUUCUCCCUCCUGCACAUGAUGGAACAUCCUGAGCUUCACGACGAGUCGAUACCCAUUGCCAACCUGUUCCGUCAAGCAACCAAGCUUCUGCAAAUCUGCGGCGUCAAGGACUUCACCCUAAACGACUUGUUCAAGCCCGACCCUGCGCGGCUGCGGCGCCAACUCUGCGCAAUCAUCAACUUUGCGAGGUUCCGGGACGAGAAGCUUCUGAUUGUGGACGAGCUAGAGGCGGGGGUGGUGGAGCGGCAGCAGCAGGAGAAGGCGCUGCAGGCAGAGCACGAAAAGAUGUUGGAGGAGCUCAAGCGGCUUCAGGAGCUGCGGGCGUCCCGCCAGUCGGAGGUUGGUCCCAUCGACACGGAGGCAGCGGGCAUCGCGGCACAGAACGCGCAGCUCAACAAGACGCAGCUGGCGCUCCAUAACGAGGUCCGCGCGCUCAAGGCCCAGAUCAACACGCUGACGGACCAGGCGGCGGAGGCCAAGCUCAUGCUGUCGUCGCUGCAGUCGGAUGCGGAGACGCUGCAGGACCAGGUUGUACAGAGCCCCGAGAAGCACCGCCAAGCCAUCUCGGACGUCAUCGCUGCCACCGAGCAGCAGCGCGGCUACUACGCGGCCCUCUGUUCCGCGUCACAUGACCACGACCGCAAGCUGGAGCUCAUGUCCAAGUUUGAGCGCGAGCUGCAGCGGUGCAUCAAGCUGCAGGAGGAGCUGGAGGGUGUGGUGGCGCGCAAGAAGGACUUGAGCGCCGCCGCCAAGGAUACGCGAGAGGCGAUUGCCACGGAGGAGCGGCGCUUCAGCGAGCUGGCCUCCAGCAACGCCACGGCGCGGCGGCAGCUGGCGUCGCUGCAGGACAAGCUAGGCCGCGUGGAGCAGCAGGGCCAGUAUAAGGUGGAUGCGGCGGCGGCGGUCCUAGAAGAUUAUGUGAAGCGGCGGGAGGCGAUGGAGGCGGGGCUUGCGCAGGGAGACGCAGUGGCGGCGGAGCAGGAGUUAAAGAUCCGUAACUGGCAGAUGCGCACUACCGAGGUGUUGGAGAGCAAGGACCAGCGCGUUCGCAGCGUGCUAGAAAAGUACCACAUGUUGCGACGAGGAGUUGCAGAGUACAACCGUAAACUGGAGGCCGCCAUUUCCGCGCCACCGCCGAUGGCUGGUGCCAGCGGGGUCGGCGCUGCUGCCAUCAUGGGUGGCGCAGGUGGAGGCGGCAACAUUGACGCCGGCGAGUUCGACAACGACGAACUGACGCAGGACCAAGACACUGAGACCUUCCGAGCAGCAGCGAUGGCCGCCGCGGCUGCCGUGCAGGGCAUGCAGUUGGAUUGAGCGGAAGGCGAGGGCUGUGGGUUGGACUGCAUGGGAGGGACGCGGCGUGAGGGGGAGGGUUGGGUGAGUGAAGUUGCCCACAGAGAUUGAAGGAAGGCGGGUUUUGAGGUGGUUUGGCGUAAGUAUUUGUAGGAUGCGGGAGUGUUGCUUGAAUGGGAUUGCAUGCAUGUGAUGGGGCGUAUAUGUGAUGCAGAGAACUAAUGGGCAGCGGAACGAGUGAUGUAUGCAUGACCACUGUGAGUUGUAGCCGACUGAACGUGACUCGUAUAUACUGCCUGCUGGUGUGCAUGGGCUUGCAUGUGUAUUCGCAUUUUUGCAUUGCAUGGGAGGAAACGUGGCCCCAAGUUCAAUGUGGGGCCGGGUGCAUCGGCGGUCGUACGAAGGGACUGUCGUACUGCAGGG